AUGUUGCGACAUUUGCACCGUUCAUCCAUUGCUGGCACGUGUAAUCGUGCCUUGAGCUCAUUAACUUCUAAUAUCGGGUAUGAUUACGUGAUUGUAGGUGGUGGUUCAGCUGGAUGUGUACUAGCUAAUCGUCUGACGGAGGAUGCAAUCAAUAACGUGUUGCUGAUCGAAACGGGUCCGGAUGAUCGCACGAAAUGGGAUUCGUGGAAGAUUCACAUGCCUGCUGCUCUUACGUACAAUUUAAGCAAUGAUAAAUAUAAUUGGUGCUAUAAUACAGAGCCCCAGAAGCAUCUACAUGGCCGGAUCCUGCCCUGGCCGCGUGGCCGCGUGCUUGGCGGCUCCUCGUCACUUAAUGCUAUGGUCUACAUCCGCGGUCACGCAUAUGAUUAUGACGAUUGGCAAGAAAGUGGUGCAGAAGGAUGGAGCUAUGCUGAUUGCUUGCCUUACUUUCGGAAAGCGCAGAACCAUGAGCUUGGACCGGAUGAUUACCGGGGAGGCGAUGGUCCACUCCAUGUUAUUCGUGGCAACCAAAAGGAUCAAGUUCUUUUUGAAAAGUUUAUUGAGGCAGGAAUGCAAGCUGGGUACCCAUUUACAAAUGAUAUGAAUGGAUAUCAGCAGGAAGGGUUUGGAUGGAUGGAUAUGACAGUGUGGAAAGGAUUCCGUUGGAGCACCGCUUCGGCUUACUUGCGACCAGCUAUGAAGCGUCCAAACCUUACAGUUGUCACGGAUACAUUUGUGAGGAAGGUGGUCUUCAAAGGCAAGAAGGCGGUUGGUGUUGAGAUCGAGGAUCACAAGAAAAAAACGAUCAAGCAGGUUUGCGCAUCUAAGGAGGUGAUUGUGGCUGGUGGAGCGAUAAACUCGCCCCAGCUGCUGAUGCUAUCGGGUAUUGGCAAUGCGGAUCAUUUGAGGGAGGUGGGUGUGCCAGUCGUCCAGCAUCUGCCUGCAGUGGGACAGAAUAUGGAGGAUCACCUUGAUUUGUAUAUCCAGUACAUGUGUAAGAAGCCGGUCACAUUGCACAAUGCUACGUGGAGAUACCCGCACAAGAUGAUUUUGAUUGGUUUGCAGUGGAUUUUCCGUCAAACUGGCAUGGGAGCAUCCUCUCACCUGGAAUCAGGCGGCUUCAUCCGCAGUACCUCUGGGAAACGCCACCCUGACCUGCAAUAUCAUUUUCUACCUGGAUCGCUGACGGGUCAGCUAACUCCUGGAGAUUGUCAUGCCAUGCAGGUUCACUGCUCACCGAUGCGCGCACAGAGCCGCGGCUGGUUGAAAUUGCGCAGCAACAACCCGCACGAGCAUCCGAUCAUUGAACCUAACUAUCUUAGUGUGGAACAGGACUUGGUGGAUAUGCGUACGGGUGUGAAGCUCACGCGUGAGAUCCUGGAGCAGCAGGCGCUUGACGAGUAUCGUGGUGAACCGAUUUCACCGUCAAAAGGCGUGCAGACUGACGCUCAGAUUGAUGAGUGGAUUCACCAGAACACAGAAAGCGCGUACCACCCAUCGUGCACAAACCGCAUGGGUCUGGGCCAUAACACGGUUGUUGACCCGCAGACGCGUGUACACGGUGUUGAGAAUCUGCGCGUCGUGGAUGCGUCUAUUAUGCCGAACAUUGUAAGCGGCAACCUGAAUGCACCGACGAUCAUGAUUGCGGAGAAGGCUGCCGACAUCAUUUUGGGCAAAACGCCUUUACCGAAAUCGACUGUACCGGUGUAUCAACCAAAGAAUUGGGAGACAAGUCAAAGAUAA